AUGUGGGUGGUAAUUCUCCCCCUGUUGACAAAGGUGGAGAGGAAGGCUGAUCUACUGUGGGCGAGGCAGACGCAGAGUGGAGGGAUGAGGUGCCAUUCUCAUCACUGGAGUCAACGUCUACUUCAUCAAGAGAGUCGGCCACCUCUUGUACCAUUUGGAGAAGAUCCCGAUCACCAUUAUCAUCAAAACAAGGGCGCAAAGGAUCAGACGAAUCCAACGCUAGCUGUUGUGAUGGAGCUACUUUAG